UGGGGCAGCGCGCGGGGCCUCCCCACGGGCCUCGGCCUCCGUUCCACGUCCGCGCUGGCGCCGGCCUCCCACGCGCGGACCGUGGCCGCGGCGCUUUACGGUCCAGCAUGGGGCUGCCUCGCAGGGCGGGGCAACCGGCGGAGCUACGCAAGAGCCUGAAGCCCCUGCUGGAGAAGCGCCGCCGCGCGCGCAUCAACGCGAGCCUCAGGCAGCUCAAGGGGCUCAUCCUGCCGCUGCUGGGCAGGGAGAGCUCCCGCCACUCCAAGCUGGAGAAGGCGGACAUCCUGGAAAUGACCGUGCGCUUCCUGCAGGAGCUGCCUGCGUCCUCCUGCCCCGCGGAAGCGCCCACGCCCUCCGACAGCUACCGAGAUGGCUACCGCGCCUGUGUGGCGCGCCUGGCCCGCGUGCUGCCAGCCUGCCGCAUCCUGGAGCCCGCACUGAGCGCUCGCCUGCUGGAGCACCUGCGGCGGAGAGCGGUGGGCGCCACCUCCGAGGGCGGGCGCGCUGGGGCCUCCUGCGGCCCGCCCGCGCCCUCACCUCCGCCUGCUCCGGCGCCCUCGCCCGCUCCCUCGCCACCUGCGCCGGCCCGCAGCCCCGGCCUCUGGCGUCCCUGGUAGCUCCCUGGCCAGUCCACGGACCCUGCUGACUGACCUGGAGCGCUGGGCAAAUGAGGAAGUUCUUGGUGGCGGCUGCCGCUCUCACCACCAGCAACCCGCCCAGCACCCGCAGGCAGGGUGGCAUCCGGAUGUUCCUGAUCUUUGUGGCAGACUGAAAGCCUUGGGGGCUCAGCUCAAGGAAAUAAGAAGAGAGGCCCAGCCAUAUCCCAGCUUGGGGGUGUUUGGGCUGGAGGAGAAAAGGUAGGUGGCUGCAGGGGGAGAAAGAAGCCCCCACCCUAGCUGGUGAAAAUGGCUCUGGAACUGGGCCAGCCACAGCUGCUCAUGCAGAACCCACGCCUGAGCCAGGUGCAGCCACCUACUGACUGGUCACUGCCUUCCCAGCCCUGCUUGGGCCUGUCUCCUUGCCAGCUCAGCUUGGGAACCUGUGGGCACACAGCAGCAAGGGCCUCUGCAGGCAGGAGAGCCACCACCUUCACCCUGGACUCUACUGCCCAAAUUUUCCAGUUACAUGGACAGUAUGCACCCAGGGCUCUGUGGCUGGGGGACUUCAUUAGGUGGUUUGGGGAAGGAUUUAUUUCUUUCAGCAGGUUAAGGGGCAGCAAACACCCUGCCUGUGUUUCUUGCAAACUGCUCCCAGCUGCUUGUCAGGACUGGUUACUGGAAACAACUUGUUCUCAAGACUUUUCUUUCUCCCCCAUGGAAGCCAGCAGAGCCUGCAAAGACUCAGGCAGGGGCCUGAUGGGGGGAGUCAGGGGAAGAGGUGGUGUCCUAAUUCGGACUAUGCCACAGAAACCCACGAUGACCUAGGCACUGAUCUGGGUGGCAGGAUGUGGGGAAGCUCUGGGCAUUCCUGAAGAAGCCAAUGUUAAGACAAUGGGGUGUGUCCCCUGCAAAGUGUGCUGUCCCACCGCUGCUCUGGGCCCAGCCAAUUGGACUGUAAGUUCCUGGAGGGCAGGGCUGGGGGGCUGAGCGCACCUCUGUUCCCUAGGAACUCAGCACUUGGACGGCGUUCAAUAAACAUGGUGAGCUAACAAA